AUGGCUGGUUUUUUCGGGGUGAUCGUCUCGGAUCCCUGGCUUCAGAGCCAAUUCACACAGUUUGAGCUCCGUAGCCUUCAAUCAAAUGUGAGCGUUCCAAUCACUCGUCCUUGCCUGUCGUAUAACCUUAACACCGCACCUACUUCAGGCCCUCAUUCGUGCAAACAUUUGGUUUCUCUAUCAUAUGAAUUCAACAGUUCAUGUCUGCGAAGAGAGAAUCGGGACGCGUAACAGUUCAAGAUCUACCUUCUGUCCUGGCGAAGCUCAAAGCCCUCAGGGAGACGCUCGAGGGUGAAGAGAUAUCGGAGAUAUUGGGAGAAUCCGACGCAGAUACAGGCCAAGAGAUAGACUUUGAGGCCUUCUUGCGGGUAUUGCUAUUCUCGAUGUGUACUCCAUUUUUCCUGAAUUGGGCAUGCGGAGAGAAUUUUGAUCGUCUAUGGGAGGUCUGAUUUAUGUAGUUCAAUGGCUGAAUCAUUAGGCUUAUUUGACUCUGCAAAACCGGGCCACUGUCAAACUGGGAGCCAAUAAUCACUCCUGGGAGUUUCUAAAGGCCACCACUACCACGCUACUCCACACCAUCAGUGAAUCAGAAAAGGCUGCUUAUGUAGCACACAUCAACAGCUACCUGGGGGAAGACCCCUUUCUGAAGGAGUACCUGCCAUUGGAUCCAACAACUAAUGAUCUCUUCAACCUUGCAAAAGAUGGUGUCCUUCUCUGGUAAAUGUAUCUAUUAUCUUGUAAUUAGCCUUCCCUUAUUUCUGUAGGAUCAUAAUUGCGAGCCAUUAUUAUGCUGUUUCCACGAUUUAUCAACUCUUGCUAUAUAAGGUCAACACAAAGGAACGCGUUCUUAGGUGUUUAGUUUGGUUUUAAAAUACAUUUAUUAAUCUAAUCCGGCCGGUGGAUCUUAUCGUAAUCUCAUCAAUAUAUGCAAAGUUUUAAUGUGUUAAUUGUCUAUUUCAUGUGUUUACCUUUUUUGGUCAUUUUUUUCGGAAAGAGAUACCUGGUUUCUUUUUAUAGUCAUUUAAUAUCUGUCUUUUUGCUUUGUUUAGUAAGCUAAUCAAUGUUGCAGUCCCUGGGACAAUAGACGAGAGAGCAAUCAACACAAAAAAGAUAAUAAACCCAUGGGAGAGGAACGAGAACCACAGUCUCUGCCUCAACUCUGCAAAAGCCAUUGGUUGCACGGUGGUUAACAUUGGAACACAAGACUUGAUUGAGGGCAGGGUAAGCAUCACUAGAUCGUUGUAUUGUACAUCUGCUUUCUGAGGAAAAUUAUCUGCCACUCUUUUUCAUUUAUCAUCUUUAUCUUUUCCCAUUUCUUUUUUUUUUCUUGGGUCCAUUUUUGACUUCCACAUUUUAUGGGAGAUAACUGAUACACUCUAUAUUCCAUACUCGAUUUCCAGUUUUUUUCUCAAAGAGUGAGAGCUCUUUGGGUAUCUAUUGUUUCGCAUUGAUGCAAACUUACUUAUUUAUUUAUUCAUUUUUAAGUUAAUAGAGAGGGAGAUGUCUGCAACUUGCAUAGCUACUUUAUUCUUAACAGCAUCUCCCGGUCAAAGACCAAGCAAGCGGCUUCCUAAAUUUUAUCGUUAUUUGGUCAUACUAUUUUUUAUGAAAAUAUUUGUCAUACUUUAAAUAUUGUGGAAAAUUGAAGACUGAUAUUUUAACCGUUUCUAUGCAGCCUCACUUGUUUCUUGGAUUGAUAUCUCAAAUCAUUAAGGUAUGGAUUCGAAGAUUCUCUUUUCUUGAUAGAAAAACCAGAGCCAUCGUUCUAGGCUAAAUUAUAUCGAAAUUAAAAGAAAUAGUAGCGCAACGAGAGGAUUCAACGAUUUUAUGAUAUUUUGGUUGAGGAUUGGGUUAAUUUUGUUUGCCUUCCCUCGGACAUUCUUCUCCUUUAAGAUAUGCUGAUAAGUUUUUUUUUUAUUGGAUCUGUUUUGUGGUCCUAUUACUAGAUACAAUUGUUAGCAGACCUCAAUCUCAAAAAGACCCCUCAACUGGUCGAGCUGGUGGACGAUGGCAAGGUAAAAGUGCUAGCAUUUCAUGGUUUGAUUCAUAUCGUGUUUCAAGUGUAUCAACGUAUGAUAUGUUUCAAACUCUACAGGACGUCGAGGAGUUAAUGAGUUUAUCUCCUGAAAAAGUCCUACUUCGAUGGAUGAAUUUCCAUCUCAAGAAAGCUGGGUACAAGAAACCUCUAAACAACUUUUCUUCUGAUGUGAAGGUAAAACAUCAAAUUUACUGACGGUGGUUUACAAAGUGGAUGAAAGUUUCUUGUUUAGGAGAAAAAUAUUUAGACACAUUUUAUGAACCUGUAUAGAGUGAAUGCAGUUCUAAUUCAGAUUGGGUUAAUAAUUCAAACUAUGAUUCUCAAUCAGCUUGUCGGCCAUUGACCUUCUAGUCUUCCUGUAUAUUGGGCAUCUGCAUGUUUCCUUUAGGAUUUUUCCGCGUGAAUCUGUGCUUUCGGUGCAAUAGUCACGUUAUGUUUUCAUAGAAAAUUCUUUUUACUGAAGUUCUAUAUAAUUAUUUUCCCACAUAGCAGGAUAAAUGGUAUUAAAUGCAUUUAAUUUUUCUAGACGGAAAAACGUUAGUUCAAAGCGUCUGUUGCCAGUUGGGUAUUUAUUCAUUCAGUAAAACACCCACUGUUAAAUAUUAUUUUUCUAUUAAUUAUUCAAAAGUCACAAUGGUUUCUACCAUCUAUUGGCUGAUUGAAUUGCAGGAUGGAGAAGCUUAUGCAUACCUGCUUAAUGUUCUAGCCCCUGAGCACUGUAGCCCAGCCACCUUGGAUACGAAAGAUCCGAGUGAAAGGGCGAAACUGAUUCUGGAGCAUGCGGAGAGAAUGAAUUGCAAAAGAUACUUGACUCCGAAGGAUAUUGUUGAGGGAUCGCCCAAUCUCAAUCUUGCAUUUGUUGCGCAUAUAUUCCAUCACAGGUACCUAGCUUGGUUUUAACCAUUUUUCUCGUUUUCCAUUACUCCCAUAUACAUUGCAGAGAUCUCUUGAGUCUACAACUGAACCCAUAUAUGUUCCCCUUUGUUUUCAUCUACUCUGGAAUUUUUUUCUACCCGUUAUUUUGUUAUUAUAUAUUUAAAUAUCCGUUGAUCGAGCUUUGUCUUUCCUCAAUUUCACAUUUUCCUAAAUUUAUUUCUCAAUCGUGGUGUGUUUCAUUAAUACCCUGCAUAACGGGACUUUUAAUGUAAUGAAUUUUUUUUCUGUUUAAUUAAUUUAGGCCACAAUAAAAUCCUCCCUUAUGUCUUUUUUCCGUUGUCCUUUCAUUCCCAAAAGACUUUUUGACACAGUUUUAUCUCCUAGCUAACUCUCCAUUGAAAAAUAAUAUGUUCAUAUGCCUUUAAACUCCAUAAAAUAAGAAAAAUCAGAAGGAGAAGCGAGGGAGGGGGGAAGAGAGAGAGAGGGUUUGGUCAGGAUAGUGAGAGAGAGGAAUAGAGUUAACAAGAAGGUAAGUCAGCCAUUUAGCUUGCAAGUGCAGUCAAUUUAUUCAUAGCCGAAUUUUAUUCAGGCUGCUGUAACAUGCUUUGGACUAAAUACUCACUGUCAUCUAGUUUCUGGGAACUAAAUGCUGACAGAGAAUAACAUAUAUGAUUGUAUAGUGGGUUGGAUAUUACAGGAAUAUAAAAAAAAUACACACCAUUUUAUCUUGUUACCUUUUCUUGAACUAGUUCUUUAAAACAUCUUUGACUUGGCUGGCAUUCCACCUUUCCUGAAAUCGAUCCUCUAUCAUUGAUUAACUCCAUUUUUUUUCGAAUCAAUACCCUUUUUGAGAAGAACAUUGAAAAAUCAGUCUUUUUGUCCUGUUAUAGUAUAGUGAACGUGAUGUGUACAGUAGACUGUAUAGUUUUCUUCUUUUUUCGCUUGCCACAUUUUUUGGUGACAUUUCGGUCACUAAGGAUAAGAUAUCGAAUUUGUUUGCCACUCUUUGUGUAUCACACAAGCGUUUUCUAUGUUGUGCAUCAAUCAACCCAAGGUAAAGUUUUCUUGACAAGUUGCAUGCCAUGAAUAAGAGAAAUGAUGUGCAUGGAGCUUAUUCCCUCUUAGGCGUGGACAAUUUUUGAACUGGGAACCUUGGCCAAAAUAGAUGGCCCAUAGAUUUUAAAUGCUGCAACCAUUCCAGUGCCGAUUUUGCACUAUUCUUCAGCUGCUACUCGUCAUUAAAGUUCCUAACUGAGAAUAGUUUUCCAGUAAUUGUAGGAAACCUAUCAAAAAAAAAAGAAGAAGAAGAAGAGAGACCCAGGUUACAUCUAUGGGUUUUGGAUGUAGAAGAUACAUGUAAUAUUUAUAAUCGAACAUAAGAAGAUCUCGCUUCGUUGAAAUAAAUCAGUAUUAGCAUUUUUGGAUUUUUAUCAUGUUUUUCCGCGUUGUCAAACUUUUUUCAACUGCCAUCCAAAAACACUCGAUAAUUUUUUUUGUCUUUUUUUAAUAUGACAGUUUCAUCAUUGUGUCUGACAGAAGAUUUCAUGAAGAAUUUCUGUAUUUUUUUCUGUACAACGAUUGCUGUAUCUAUUCCAGAUAUAAAUACUGCAAUCUCUAAGAAAAAAAUUAAUUAGCCACGCCAUGUAGUUUUUUAUCAGAGUAAAUUUACACCACAUUAUUUUUAAUAGUAAAUUUCCACGAACAUAAAGUUACAAUUUAAUCUUAUUUUCAGCACAGAGUGUUGAUUAACAUAAUUUCUUACUUUAUGCUGUUUUCUAGUCUUCUCUGCGCUUUGAUUGCUGGUAAUUUCCUAAACUACCAUCUGUUUCCUUCUGGAUUCAGCGUAUUUCCCUUAGAUACCUUCUGGACUUGGUGAGCCUGAUGUGAUUUGAAAAUUUUCCAAAUUUUAACGUUUCAGGAAUGGCCUGUCGGUAGACAGCAAGAAAAUUUCCUUUGCGGAAAUGAUGCCCGAUGAUGUUCUGGUCUCCAGGGAGGAAAGAGCUUUCCGACUGUGGAUAAAUAGUCUGGGCAUCGCAACUUUUGUCAACAACGUCUUUGAAGAUGUCAGAAAUGGGUAUGUCCGCCUCACAUCAUUGGUUACUCAUCUCCAUGAUCCUCACUGAGGACGCUCUAUCUACUCAGAUGGGUUCUCCUCGAAGUACUGGACAAAAUCUCUCCCGGUUCAGUUAAUUGGCGGCAUGCAUCAAAGCCCCCGAUUAAGUUGCCAUUCAGAAAGGUUGAGAAUUGCAAUCAGGUUGUUAGGAUCGGAAAAGAGUUGAAAUUUUCUCUAGUUAAUGUUGCUGGGCACGACAUCAUGCAGGGGAAUAAGAAGCUUAUCCUUGGUAUGUACGGAUCAUAUUAUUCUUUACUGAAAUAUUUCCUGCUUAUUUCUUCUCAAUAUUUCUUUGAUGGUUUAUGUAUAUUUUUCUUAUAGACAUAAAUCACAGCUAUGAAAGGUGUGGCAAUCAUUAUCAUUGGUUUUCAGGAAGAGUUGGAGGAUAUUUAUGUUAAUUCGGUCUCUUUCAGCUUAUCUUUGGCAGUUGAUGAGGUUUAAUAUACUUCAAUUGCUGAAGAACUUGCGAUCCCACUCUGAAGGGAAAGAGGUGACUGAUGCUGACAUCCUGGAUUGGGCAAAUGACAGGGUGAGAAGAACAGGAAGAACAUCUAGAAUGGAAAGCUUCAGGGUAAUCUCAUCUCCGCCUCAACCAGUCUAUCUAGAAAAAUAUCCAUUUACUCUUAUUAUUCUUUUAAUUGUCACUCUUCAGGAUAGGACCCUGUCAAAUGGAUUAUUCUUUCUUGAGCUCCUGAGUUCUGUGGAACCGAGGGUUGUCAACUGGAACAUUGUGACGAAGGGCGUCAGCGGUACGAGUGUUUGGAAGUUAUUAAAUUUUCCUCUUAUUCGAUCUUGACAGUUUCUUGCAGUUUUUUUUUUAGUAUUAUUGUGACGUAUGGGAGAACUAAUCUCUCAUUCCACCUCUUGCUUACAAUUUUUUUAAAAAUAAAUCGGUAAAUGUUCCUUCUGUUUGAUCUUUUAACAAUUUAUUUGCAGCUUUUUAAAAAAGUUUAUAAGAUAGUAUGGAUCUUCUUUUCCACGUCUUGCUGACAUCUUUUAGAAAGAAAUUGCUAUAUUUUCCUGUUGUUUGAUCUCUUUAAAAAAAAAAUGCAGUUUUAAGAACAUACUUUAGUAUUGCAUAAGAAAAUUAGUCUCAUGUUCCACCUCAAGCAUAUGAAUUUAUAAGUUUUCCUGUUGUCGGAUAUUUAAAAAAAGACUAUUUUCAGUUCUUUUAAAAUUAUUUCUACGUGAGAUAUGGAACAAGAGACUGGCUGAUAAAAUAUUCCAAUAUACACCCUUUUUUUUUAAUUUUCUUUAGUCUGUGUCUACCUUUCUCCUCUAAUAUUAACCAUCUUGAGUUGUGAAAAUUAUGCUUCAGAGGAUGAGAAGAGGUUGAAUGCGACAUAUAUAAUCAGCGUAGCCAGAAAGCUCGGGUGCUCCAUUUUCUUGCUCCCUGAGGAUAUUAUGGAGGUAGCAUACAAAAUCCGCAGUUUUUUUAUUUUGUUUUUUGUUUUUAUUUCCAGAAUUAUUCUCUGUGAAAAAAGAUCCUCAGGCUUAGCUUACAACCCUGAAUCAACAUAUUAAUAGCAGUAAGGGCCAUCCCUUCUUUCCAAAAAUGUACAAUUUUCUUGAUUAUUUGCUAGUAAUUAUUGAGAAAGAAUAUCUUUGUGCUUAGUUUAUGACCCCAAAUCAAAAUAUUAUUACCGCAAAGAGAAACGAACCUUCAUGGCUUCUAUUUAUGGAUGCCUCUUCCUUCCAACCCGGGGCAUCCAAAAUUUCCGUUUAUUGAGAAUUAUUUUUUAGAAUCAAGUAUUCAGGCUCAUCUUAUGAUCCAAAUUAAUUUCAGAAAAAAAUAAAAAUUGAACAUUCAUGUUUCCAAAAAUUGCGUUUAUCCAAAAAUUGUGGUAUUUUAUUGAUUAUUUAUAGGGGGAAAAAAUCCGGGCUCAGCUUCCUCUCAUCAAUACAUCAACAGCAGAAAAAAAAAAAAAAAUCUAACCUUCCCGGUUCCUAUUUUUGGGUUCUUCUGAUCGCAAUGGGAGAAUCUCAUGGAAUCUCUUGUUAUCCAAAUUUAUUACUUAUUUAUUUCCUCUAUUUUGGCAGGUGAACCAGAAAAUGAUACUCACCCUUACAGCCAGCAUCAUGUUCUGGAGCCUUCAGCAGCCAUCAGAGGACUCAGAGCCGUCUGCUCCUGAGGAGGCCGUCCCUCAGAGAGUUGUUACCCCUUCAGAUGGAGGAGAAGACGACGGCUCUCUCACGGAUGGCCUCUCGAACCCUAACAUUGGCGAUGAUAUCAGUUCAGAAAAUGAGAAUCCUCCUGAGGAAGAUCCAUGA